ACCAAAGUGAACACUGUCUCGAAUAUCGACCAAAAAAUAUCAAUAUUAUAUAGUCUCACACCAAACCACACGAGCUCCAUAGAGAGCAUCAAGAAGCAACUGCAACAACAAGUCGAAGUAAAAUAAAUCCCGAGCAUAUCAAAUUAGAUCUGUAUAUUUAGAUGAUGGAGCUUUUGCUAAGUUAAGGUUUCCUGGUCGCUUAGAAUCGUUGAGAAUUUGAGGGUAUUAUUGUUGGCUGGUGGUUUCAUUCGAAAUGGCGACCAUGAACCCUUUUGAUUUGUUGGGUGAUGAUGAUGCGGAAGAUCCGUUGCAGCUGGUCGCAGUUCAGCAGCACAAGGUCGCUGCCAUCUCCGCCGCUGCGCCUAAGAAAGUUCAGUCUCAACCUCAAACCAAGCAGGUGGCUCAGUCUCAGCCUCAAGCUAAGCUGCCGGCCAAGCUCCCCUCCAAGCCUCUACCUCCGGCUGAGGCUGUAAGGGAAUCAAAGAAUGAAUCUGGUCGUGGGGGAGGUCGCGGUGGUGGGCGUGGUUAUGGGCGAGGGCGUGGUGGAUACAGGAGGGACUCUUCCAACAAUGAGAAUUCAUUCAGCAAUGCUGCUGUGCCUGCUGAUCAAGGAGCCCCUGAAGAUGGAGAUACUGCGAAGUCCUUUGAAAGGCAUGGAUAUAGUGGGCCUCGAGUUGGUUUCCGUGGUGGACGCCAUGGUGGUUUCACUAAUGGAGAAGUUGGUGAUGGAGAACGUCCUCGUCGGCCAUUUGAGCGCCGUAGUGGAACUGGACGCGGAAAUGAGAUCAAACGAGAGGGCUCUGGUCGUGGGAACUGGGGAACUCAGAAUGAUGAAAUUACUCAGGCGUCUGAGGAAGUUAUCAAUGAGGGUGAGAAAAAUUUGGGUGAUGAGAAGCCUGUGGGAGAGGAUGAAGCAGGAGAUGGAAAUAAGGAGAGCUCUGCUAAUGAUCCUGAAGAGAAGAAACCACAAGAGAAGGAAAUGACUCUGGAAGAGUACGAGAAGAAGUUGGAAGAGAAAAGGAGGGCCCUGCAGGCACUCAAAAAAGCUGAGGAAAGAAAGGUGGAUGCUAAAGAGUUCGAAUCAAUGCUGCAGCUUUCAAGCAAGAAGGGCACAGAUGAUGUCUUUAUUAAAUUGGGUUCUGAUAAGGAUAAGCGGAAAGAGGCAUUUGACAAGGAUGAGAAAGCUAAAAAGUCUGUCACCAUUAAUGAGUUCUUGAAGCCUGCUGAAGGGGAAAGGUACUUCAAUCCAGGUGGACGGGGCCGAGGCCGUGGCCGUGGUUCGAGAGGGUUUGGCAACACAGAUGCAAUGAGCAAUGUGGUAGCCCCCUCCAGCACAGAUGCAAUGAGCAAUGUGGUAGCCCCUUCCAUAGAAGAUCGCGGGGAGUUCCCAACCUUGGGUGGCAAGUGAGAUUUCCCAGAACUGCACUUAAGCUCAUGUUGGUCACCAUUUUUGGGUUCUUUUUCCGUAAAUCUUGGCAGGAAAUUGACUAAAAUAAUGUGGUUUCCUGUAUUAAAAAAAGAAAAAAAAAACUAUUUAGUUUUAUGCUUUAAAUGUAUAUUUCAGACGUUUCAUUUGAGUCUCCUUGAAAUGUCAUGAUAGCAUUUUGCUGUUUUGAGAAUUUGGGCAUAUGAAAUGGGCUAGCUAUUAUUAUGACUUAGAAAUUGUUGUCAAACUAGUUUUGUUUUGAAUAGGUACAAGACUUUAUCGAGUUAUGAUGCAUUUCCGUUGGAAGGGAAAAUUUGCUAUUUAGGCGA